UGUACAACAGAUCACUGAAAAUUUGCUUGCUUCCUGGGCCUACAAACAGAACACAGACAUGAGUCAGAGCGAACUCUUUGGUAAAGUGAGGAAGGUUCUGAUAUCGGUGAAGAUAAGAGUUUGGGAUAAGAAGAUAAAAUUGAGAAUUUGUAAAGGAAAAGGUAUUUUGACAGCUGGAAAUGUAGAGAAGGCUAAUGGGAGUAUAGGAACGGAGUUGGCGGUGGUGUAUUGUAGUGCGGAUGAGAAGCUGAGAAGCCUCGGGCACCACAAACAGCACGGCAGUACCAAACCCGGUGCCACAAGUGGUGUCACUGGUCAUCCCAACCUGCCUGUCCAACUACGGCCAGUGGUCACUGAAACACCAUUCCUACAGCAGUGCAACCAGACGCCCCCAACCCAGGCCCAAAGCUCCUUGACUCCGGGGUCUGGCCCUGCCCCUCCCAGGCCACCCCCACCCACACAGCUAACUCUAAAAUCUACAACUCAGGAUCUCAAUGACCCUGACAUGUCUGACCGACGCAUUCAGCGUGCCGGUCGGAGGGACCAGGGGACAGUCGCAGCUCCUCCUGGGCGACAGGAAUCGACCUCAGUUCAGGAGUCAAGGUCAGCAGCUAUUAAACGAAGGUCACGCAGUGAGGGACCAGCUGGGCGUCUCAAACCCAGGAACUCCAUGGACGAAAAGAAAAUGCAUGAAGUGAGGGAACGAAGCAGUAAAUCUGGACAGUUCCGUACAAAACAAAUGACGAGACAUUCAAUGUACACAGAGCCUCUUUCUGAUGAUGGAUUUCCAGAUGUUCAUGGAAGUUCAUCAAGUGCUACAGAUUCUGAUCAGGAAAGAAAAACGUGGGUUAAAAAUCCUUUAAUGGUGAAAAAAGUGCGGAAAAAUGAUAAACGAAAAUCAUUGAACACAACUGUGGAACUAGGUGGGAAAGAAAACCGGACUAAUCAAAGUGAGCUUACACGGAUUACGAGUCGGUCUCCGCAGGUUUCUAAUAGGGAAGCAGUCCAAUACCAGGACAAGUCGGGUAACAAUGGUGGUCAGAAAGCCAAGUAUCAAAAGCUGGAGGAGAUGCGUAAGAAACGUGUCGAUAUCUUAGUAACUUCUGAUGAGGAGCUGAAUUCUCCAGAGUUGAGAAUAUCUCGUCUCAGACAAAGGGCAUUACAAGGAUCAAAACUUGCAACCAAGUUCCCGGACCGUCUCGAGGAUCUUGAUACCCAACACAUUUCUGCAAUACAAGCGAUGACUAAAAUCACCACCCCGGUCACAAAUACCCAGAGACUACUACAGGAACCAGCAGAAAAUGGAUCGUCAUCAUCAGAGCAAAUCACGCUUAGACCAAUCGGACCAGGGCAGACGAAUUUGAAUUAUGAUAGUUACCGUCAAAUGGAAAUAGAAAACAAUAGAGCCAACACUCGAUUUGAUGGGUCAAGAAAUAGCAAUAAUAUCAAUCUGAAAGAGAGUUACCACGGAUACGUCCACCCUGGUCGUGAAGGGCAAAUUCCAAUUCAAGGUCAAGGACGUGUAGUUCAGGGACAGGGAUACAAGAAAAUCCCCAAACAAGAUAGUGAUUUCAUGGGCGGAAAUAUGAUUCAGAAAAAGGAGGAAUUUCCAAAAGUUUCUCUGCAACGAAGUGAAUCUUAUGGAUCAGGUGACACAGGUGGUAAACGAUAUAGAGAGCUCCCACAAGGAGGAGUUACUCGCUACUCCACGACAAUCAAUCAGUUCAGUUCAAACACUCCACCAAAAUCAGAAUGGAUGAGUAAAAAAGAUGAAGUGGGAAGCGACAAUGAAAUGAGUUUUAGGGAUCUUGAUUCAAAUCGACCAAUGGUUUUGAAGAAAGCCAUUGACAGGGUGGAUAAUAAAAGGAAGUCCAACAGUGAUGACGAUUCUCUGGACGAACUUAUUGAAUCAAACAUUCAGUAUUUGGAGAGUGAGAUUGAGAGUGGACGGUUACAGAUGCCUCCGUCGUCUUCUGUGCAAAACCAACAAACGUUCAAGGAAGCAACAAAGAAAAUGGGUGCCGAGGAAUUCACCAAAAAAGCUUCAUCUUUGGAAAAUGUGUCGCGUCCUACAGUUUUAAGUUCAUCUUUUCAAAAUGAAGUGAAAUUAAGACUUCAAAUUCCGUCCGCGACCAGCUCCCCUCGACCUGUGAUACGAUCUGUAAAGCCUCCUGUUGCCAGUGACGGCAGCGGGAGUUGUUCUAGUCUCAGUCAAUAUGAUGCUUUGUCAAAUACGCCUUCUGGAUCAACCUCGCCAUCACCUUCACGUAGCGUCUAUACACAUGUAUUCCAGAACACUGUACCUAAGAUUGAACGCCGCCACCAGUCUGCGGCACACAGUCCAUAUCUACAGAGGAGACCAACCGAUCUCACAGACAUGGAAGAUUUGUCAAAGUCAGACAGUCAGUUACAUUCGGCUGAGUUUCCAUCAGGUUAUGCUCCACAGUAUCUGGGUCUACAGCAAGGGAAUGUGGGCCAUGCUUCAUCGGCCCUGACACAGUAUGACAAUUGUGAGAAGACUCACGAUAUACUCAAAAGUCUCUCAGUGCCGGCUAUAGAACAAGGCAUGUUCUCAGAUGUGGAAUACGACAUAGAAGUUUCAGAAAGGGUUAAAAAAUGGGAAAAAUACAUGAAAAAGAAAAAGCCUACAGAUGACUCCAAAGCACCAUUGUCAUUGACGACGAUUUUAGAAUCAGAGGGAGGUAUUCCAGACGCUUGGUUACAAGAGGCCAUGAUGAUGCAAGAAAUAGAUCACCUUCAAGAUAGGUCUGCAUCAUUACCCCAAAAGAUUCAGCCUCCUCCAAGUAGAGCUGUUUCGUCUGUCACUGUCACAGUGACUAAGUCGACGUCUCACAUAGCUCCAUCUCCUAACCCUAAACCUCAGUUUCUGCAGCAGAAACAGCAGCAACGACAUACGCAAUUGCAACAGCAAUUUCAACAACAACAACAACAAUUACAGCAGCAACAACAGAAACAAAUGCAGUACGAGCAACAAAAACAACUACAAAUUCAACAGCAACAACAGCUUCAACAACAACAAUACGAACAACAGAAACAAUUACAAAUUCAACAGCAACAACAGCUGCAACAACAACAGUAUGAACAACAGAAACAACAACAGCUUCAACAGCAACAGUAUGAACAACAUAAACAACAACAGCUUCAACAGCAGCAGUAUGAACAACUAAAACAACAACAAAUGCUGCAGCAACAACAGCAAUACCAGUACCAGCAACAAGAAUAUGCUCCUGCUCCAGCUUUUGAUGACCCAAAAGUUUUGUCUGCAGAAACUAAUUCUCAUCGAAUUUUUCGUUUGGUGAAGGAUCCAGGAAGCACAACAAUAACUCGAUCCAGUGACAACUCUGUCACGUAUGCCCAGAACCCUAACGCUUUCAAUAGUAAGACGUACGCUCCACCAAAAUCAAAUUCUCAAAGGGAUGAGACUAAGAAGGCACGACGAGCCGUAUCUGAGGAACAGCUUGAAAAAGAUAAAUCUGAUACAAAUGUGAAUUCAAACUUGGCGUGGCCACCUCGUAGGAAUAAGUCCUUCUCUGAAGAACAGAAACAGGCACGACUGUCGAAGUAUGAGGAGGAGUUGACAGAACUUCAAGAGUUAAAACAGGACAGUGUGAAGGAUCUUCGAAAGCGGUUUGAUUCUGAUGCAAGUGGAAACGAGGGCACAGACACGUACGAGGAAGCCCUUUCGGCCUCGCGUACCCCAGUGGUUCAGAGGAAACAAUUUAUACGUCAAGUUGAACAGGUUGUGGCUGAUAAAAAAAUGCUGGAAGAAAACAUUGUCACUAAAGUUGAUCGUCAAGAGCCCAAACGGCCAAGUGAUUUACAGAACAUUACUCCAAAAUUGUCCGAUGACGUUAAAGAGAAAGAAGUCUGGUCACCACAUCUUGAGAGCUCUAAGGGUCUUGUUAGUAUAGAGCGUGUCAAAGCUAGGACCCUCCAGACAAUCCCUUUCUCAGAGGACCCAUUCUGGAAACAGAUCGAAGAAAUGACCAGCUUUGACCAACUCAUGAAGUCUGGGGAGGUUAUGGAUGUUGCUGAAGUGUUGCGACCAGUAGAAUCUAUAGCUUAUAUUAAACAGAACCCGGAUGAUGAGAUGUCAUGCACAUCAUAUUCACAAGUGGUAAAAACGGCUAGUACAGCCGUCUAUAGCCAGGCGCCUAACUCCACCAGUCUACCCAUAACCGCCACACAAGCAAAGUCAUUCAGUACACCGGAGAUUCAGCCGCUAAAGCUUGGGGCUGCUCCUGUCAUAAAGAGCAGUGUCGCAGCUUUAGACGAAGUACUGGAGGACAUACGGACAUCACUUAAACGUAAACCAGUCCCGACGUAUGGCACAACAAGAUCCGCUCCUGUAGAGAAAGAGUCGCCAUUUUUCUCUCCCUUGCGAUCACCAGUAUUGCAACCAGUUCAGCAAAUCCCUGUAGCAAAUAUACCCGGAUAUCAACCAGUAGCUAUGACCAGUAUAGCACGAACGGUAAUUCAAACUCAACAGCCAAUGACAGCUGGCGUUCAGAGCAUCGCUCAUAGUGUACCUACCUACCAGUCGCAGCGGAUGGCUGAGCUACAAAACCAGUUUGGUAUCGCUAAACAAACGGCUCAAGCAGCCACGGUAAUGUUGCAACAACAGCAGCAACAACAACAGCCGGCUACACAAGCAAUGCACUUCAUUCCAGAGUAUUCAGCGGAUCCCUAUAUCGUCAAUGGCAACUACCAGCUGGACCCCAUGAUCUUGAAGGAGAAAUUGCUUGACACUGGGUUAGCGGAACUCUCUGACAGUGGAGGUUCAUUUAAGGGGAAAGGAAGUGCUAGCGGUAGAGUAUCUUUAACGCCUACAACUGUCAUAACACAAACACGACCAAGUGGCGAGGCGGAAAAGCAAGUAUUACAGACCGUGGAGGAUUUAAAGAAUUUGGCGAGAGAUGUGGAGCACAGAUUGAGUCAGAUACGUAACAGGAUUGAGUGUAGCGAUGGGAAUAGACUGGACUCUAUACUAAGUGCCUUGAGAAACUUUGCUCCUACUGUUGAACCUGCAGUGGUGCACCAACCAACCGUUCAACUAACAAGUGAAUAUCACUCAAGGAAAACAAAACUUCAGGAGGCGCUAUCAGAACUUGACAAAAUCUACAAGAAUUUAAAUGCCAUUGAACAGCCUAGGUGUGUUACUACUACGGUCACCACGGAGACAAAGGGUAACACAAUGCCACGUCAGUCCAGUACACAUGUUGAGUAUCGGCCGCAGAUUAAAAAGAGGAACAAAUCUGAUUCGGAUUUCACAACAAAUUACUCGGCGGAAUCAAUAGCGGAGGUAGAAAGGGAAACACAAAGAGAGUUUGAGGACAUAACCCAGGCUUUUCAACAUUUACUCGCUGAGGUGGAUCGUGAAACUGACAAUGAAUUAACUGAACCUUCAACCCCUACCCCAAAGGACCCACAGACACAUGCACAGGAGAUAGAGGCCACGAUUGAAUCCUUCCUCCAGGAAUAUAGGGAUUCGGGAAAAGGCUCUGGAGGAGAAAGUGCAACUUUUAAUAGAGCAAUUGAAGGACUGGCUGCUAAAGAGGUUGGUAUUCCGAACAGAUGUAGAGACAUUCAAAAGUCAGAGGUGUUCACUACUUCCUCGGGGCCUUUCUCGGUUCUCGUUGGUAUCAAUGGACAAGGGAAGAAAAAUGGCAAGAGUAGUACGAAACCCAAGCCCAAACCCCCGUCAUCAGCUCUUGUUAGAAGUAGUCCUCCACAGCCCGCGUGGCAUAACAACCCCGUGCACUCAGUGUCGGCACAAACAAACACAGAAAACCAAGAUCACAGUGUUGAAAUCAUGGAGUCAGACGUGAAUUUGGACGAGGUGUUUAAGGCAGCACUAGAGGAGAUGUCGGACGACUCCAGUGAACAAAGUGUUGAGAACAUCAAAAUGGUAGCGAGACGAGGAAAGCGCCACAUGACACACAGGAAAUCUAUGCCAGCUGAAAUGUUAAAGAGGAGUAUCGAAACCAAGACUAUUGAGACACAGACAGAAACUGCUAUCAUAGAACCAAAGAAGGACAAAAUUAAGUCAAGAAAGCUUGAACUCAUGCGCGAGGAUUCGAUCUCAAGUGAGAGUUCUAUAGACGCAAGGGGACCUCAGAGGAAGAAGAUUGCGAGGAAUAUUGCCAUGAUGAUGGAAAUUUUCAGUUCGAGUGAGGAUGAACGUCGAAGGACUUUGACGCAUUCUCACAGCGCACCGGACUUGCGAGAAUUGUUUGAUGGAGACCGGAUAUUUUCACGACAGAAUAGUACUAACAUGCCAGUGAAAAUUCAGACUCCAAAAAUGGUCAAACAGCGUUACGAAGCUAGAGCAAAAAAGAAGGCUGCACAGUUUUACACUCGAGAAACAAGUAUGGAGGAAAAGGGGGAUGAAUUUGCAUGGACUUCAGCUACGUCUGACGACGGGUCCCAAAUAUCGCAGGGUUCAAAACCUCCACUGCAUCCAAAACGAAAACAAAAAUCAACAAGUCCGGAUCGCUCCAUCUUGGAUGGAAAAUCCGGAAGCCGGAAAGGAUCAUCCAAUGAUGGUGAUAGUCUGAGGUCAGAGGUCGUGCUUCGUAAAAAGAAAAGGCGCACGAGCUCUACAAAUUCGCAAGAUGAACAAGAACGACCACAUAGCUUUCAUGAACUAGUUGCUAUGUUUGAAACAAACCCAGAUCGUUUAAGGAGGUUGACAAAUUCUCUGAGAAGAUGUGCCUCCGCCGAUAUGGUGUAUAUGGAAACGGUAAUGAGGAAGUCGUACCACUCCGAGCCCGAUCUUAGAGACAAUGCAUCCGCUGACUUUCAAAGUGCUAAACUGUUCCUUGAAAUCCAAGUCAAAUCAUGAAAACUCAGAUAAUCCUCAUCUAUUAGCCACCUAUAACUCCACUUGAUUCACCUUCUAUAUGAAAUCCUACAGGGCUUAAUUGAAAACAAAAGGAUAAAAUAUGUUUUCUUUGUAAUAAGAACAUAUCUUGUUUAUCUUUGAUGUAAGUAUAUUGCAGUCAACCAUGAUGCUGUUAACAAUGUUAAUUUACAGAAAACAUUGAAAGUUGUGCUACAAACUGAUUUACAUUCACAGUGGUAUUAACACGAAAAAUAUACCUGGACGUAAUACAAAUCAAAUCUGAACAUUACUGUUUAAGGCUGAAUUUCUUAUAUCAUAUAACAGGUGUCAUUUGUCAUAGUUAGACUUCAUUCAGUUAAUACGUAUUUUACAACAACAGCAGGUUAUCUGGUAAGGUGCCCUUCUGCACUGUGGUGACUUCAGAAACUGUGUUAUCGCUAGAUUAUCGGUAAAUGAAUUGUUAUGAUUUAAAAGCUUAAAAUAAAUUAAAUAUUGAAAUGUUUGUCAGCAAAAAAACGCAUAUGAUUAACAUGUAUUAUAUAUUAAAAAUGUUAAUCCAGUAUUGCCAUAGGACUUAGUUCAAUAAUUACUUAAUGACAUUUUAAGAAUAAAGGCAAUAUUUCUUAUAUCUUAUCAAAGUGAAGUUUAAAAAAUAUAUGAAUCAUUUAGAAAUGAAAUAUUCUCACAAGGUACCUCAGCCUUAUCUCUUUCUGCCUGAGUUUUUUUAAUUGGCCGAAGAUAUAAAAAUAAUGGUUAUAUAUCUACCAAACUCUAUGACAAUCGUGACAAUUUUACGUUAACUUUCCUUUCCUCAGUAGUAACAUACCAACCUGCUUUUUAAAGAUUGGGAUAGCAUUUUUGUGAACAAACUGACAAAAGUUUCCUAGUCAAGUAGGAUAUAUUCUCAAAUAGGUGGAUAUUGUGCCAAACAUAACUACACGUAAAACCGUCUUGCUGGUCAAAAUGGUCUUAGAACGAACACUUGUUACUAAAGUGUCGUGUUUUUUUACGAUGACGUGCCAAACGUUUUAGUUUGUAUAUCAGCAUUAAUCCAUGUUUAAUCAUAACUUAAACAAUAUCUCAUUAUUAUGCUUGAAACUAUGUAUUGCUUGAUAUAAAUAAAUAGCAAUAUUUUUCUUCUUGAUUUAUUUUGUAAGCAUUGUAGCAUAUUACAUGAUUAUUAAGCGUGAAUAUUUACACACAUUACGCCAAAAAAACCCAUUAAAAAUCCUUUUGAUUUGUUUUAUACUGGUACAUACAAAGAAAGAAGGUAAAAAUCAACGUUCAUUCGGGGCCAAAAGCAUAUCAAAAUUAUCGUUUAAUUAUUUAGAUGUGCAAGGGUUUUUUUGUAAACACGUUUCUGUUGUGGACGUUCGGUCUUCCUUCUUGCUCGAGAUACAUGCGCUUUAGAGAUGCAACAAAAGUGGUCUCCCUAUAUAUACGACCGUGAAGAAAUCUGUCCCAUCUCUGUUUUCAGUAUAUUUUAACGGAUUGCUUUAUAGGUAUUGUAAUAGUAAUAACGACAGUAUGGUCCAAUAUAGGAAUUGGAUCUUAAUAUUGUGUGUAUUAUGACCUGAAGUACAGUCGAAUCUGCAUGUGAGACCACCGCUAUUAAACAAUCCCCUCUCUAAAGAGGUCACUAUAUUUUCAUCCUCGAGACUCCAUUCUAACACAGAAGUAGAAGCGGCAGUGCUUUUUCGCUAUUGCUUCUCCACUUGUCCAAGUCUGUGUUAUGUAUAAGAGUGGCUUAUCCGUGUAAAUAGUAUUUAUUAGUUGUACAGACAUUUGAUGAUAAAGAAUGUUUGUUUGAGGCGCGACAGAAGAUGACAAUACAUUGUGCAAUAUGUUAGAAAGUGCAAUAGAGGUAUACUACAGACAAAAGUCGUUUUUUCAGUGUUUUCGUUACUUGUUUGGCACUAUUAAGAUUUUGUGAACAUUUGAGUGCUUGGAAAGUAAGUUUUCUUCAAAACAUUUGCUUUUUUAAAUAUAUUGUUGCAUUUUAUAUUUUAUAUUUAGCGUACAGCCGAACUGACUGAUUUUACGUAUGAUCCAAACAGGCCACAUAGUCUCCUUGUAUACUUGUAUGCUUUUUUAGGUACUUUGUUUAUUUGCGAUGAAGAUAUCUUUAAACUACACAAUGAUGCUGUGGAUUUUUGUAACGUUCAAGUGACAGUCCAUUUCAUGUCUUAGUUGAGAGAAUUGUUUUUCGAAGGAUGUUUUUUUUCGUGAUAUUAUUGGAAGUGUAUGUGAAUCUCGUCUGAAGGAUCUGGAUCGUGCCAAAUGAAACUGCAUUGUAUUAUAUAUGUCAAUAUGAUUCUCCAGGAGUACUGUAUACCACGGUGACCGCUAUUGUCUUCAAACAAUAAUGGAGAGAACUUCUUACAUCCGUGAGAGCAAAUCAUAGUCUGGCGAUAUUGAAUAUAUAACAAUAAUUUAUACGCAUGUUUACCUGUAUUUUGCAGUAAUAGCUAUGAAAUUCAUAUUUCAUUA